UACCGGAACAUGAAUUACAUCAUAUCAAAAAUGCUAUUGUAAAAGAGCUACAAAAAUGGUUAAAAAAUCAUUACUCAAAAGUUGAAAACCAGGUUUUUUCAAUUCAUUAUAGCAAAAAUAGUUUUGUUGAAGCAAUUGAUCAACUAACUGAAAUAUUUGGAGAUAAUCAAUAG